AUGGAUCGACCUCCCCCGGCCAAGCGGCCCCGGCUGUCGAUGGCAUGCAAUAUCUGUCGGCAGCGAAAAGUGAAAUGCGAUGCCGAGUAUCCCAAGUGUCGCAAUUGUCGGAUACGGAAUCAGAUUUGCGUGACGACUGACCCUCAACGCCCUGGGGUGCCAGGAGUGAGAGAAUGGCUAGAGAUGCCAGAGAAGAUCAAUGGGAACACAGGGACGCAAUGUGACGGAUUGCAGAAGGAGCCAACGUGUCGCCAAAAUGAUCAAACCUCGCCCCCAAAUACAUCGCCUCAGCAGCAACCUCAGUCGCAAGAGGGUCAACCCUCUCCAUCUGUGGGGGACAACCUGGCAGAUGAAAAGGUCAACGAAUUUUCCCCAGUGCAUCAACCGUUCGAUACAUCCCUCAAUGUGGAGCGUGGAACGAAUCGGAUGAAAAUUCUGGGUGGCAGCAGCUCGCAAUGCCUCGCGAAAUCGUUGGACGUUUAUUUUGAAGCGGCACGGUUAAAGCCAGUGUCGGCUUCCUUUGGUCACGGCAUGAGGCAUGCGGAGGAGCUGGAUAUGCCACUGACCCUAUCUCUACCAGGUCUGCCUGGCCGGGACUGUCGCGACCGAUAUGCGCGGAUAUAUUUGGCCCGAAUCCACCCUACCUAUCCCAUUUUCUCCCCCAAUGGGUUUCGCGAAAGUAUGGAGCAGCUUUCCACAGUCGCCGAUUACACGCACCUCCCUCGAGACAACGUUCCCAUACUUGUGCUUGUCUAUCUUGUGAUGGGACUGGGCUCGGAUGAAGAGGCUCAAAGUGUGACGGAAGUCGGGGAGAAAUAUCUUCAAGCUGCAGCCGGGCUUGUAUCUCACCUCGUCGCGAUACCCUACCUGCCGACGGUGCAGGCUCUGCUACUUCUGACACUGAUGUAUAGAGGUCGGAACCAGGAGGGCCUGGCGUGGCAAACGUUGGGCAUGGCGAUCCGCAUCGCAUACACCCUGGGAAUCCACCGACCUCAAACCGGGUCCGCACUGUCCACAUCCCACAGCACACCUGAUGAAAGACAUCUUCCCAGCCAAAUAUGGGCGGUUUGCUGCUGCUUGGAGCGGAUGAUGCAACUACAAUGCGGCCGCCCUGCCUCCAUUAGCGCCGAACACCUCAGUACCAUCGGCAGUUUAACCUGCCAGUCACCCUACCUGCAGUGGAGCCUGGGGCUAGCUGAAUACCAAGGAAAUAUCAGCCAGCAUAUCUACAACUACCAUCCUGGGUCGAGAAACGUGCGCCAGAUACUUCUGGAUACUGCCCGACUGGAUCGGCUGCUGCUCUCAUGGGCCAAUGUCAUUCCUCCUGAGCUACGGCCAGGGAACGAUAUAUUCUGCCCUGACGAAGAGUACCAUAUGGCUGCAUACCUAUCCAUCCAAUUCCACGAAACCCUUAUUACGCUUCACCGCGCGGCGCUAAUCGCCCCGACAGCGAACUUUGAUAGAGAAAUCGAAAAGCACUGCGCCGACGAACCAUCCAAAUUCAGGAUGCGUAAUGGAGAAUCGAUCUGUGUCAACAGUGCCCGUGCCAUCGCUAAGCUGAGCAUUGAGCUCUCCGAGAGGGGAACAGCCUCGCGCUUGAUUCCAGUUGGGCCGUCCUUGCUCGCAUGUAUUGUCCUGGCUAUUUAUCUAAUGAAAAACCCGAGAUCUCGCCUCCAGACGAUGGACCUUGAGCUCCUGAAACUAUGUCUCGAAAACUGCAGACAGCAGCUAGCCCGCUGUAAUUCAGAUCCCCGAUUCAUGGAAGGUCUAGCUGCCAUGUACGACCAAAUCGUGGCCCACCAUCGUGUCGUUUCAACAUCUGCAGAAAGAAGGCACACUCUAGCCACAACGUAUCAAUCAGAUCAACAUCCCCACAAAGCCUCGACAUGGCCGCCUCGGAAUCACAACCAACAACAUACCGCCUCAAACAUUGCUAUAUCCCAAAAUCCAUCAAAUUAUACAAUACCCCAUAGCUUCCUGACCCCUGCAACAUACGACGAUGCCCCCGCAAUGAACAACAUAGGACAUGCAUCAUGUAGCGAAGAAGCCCAUGCUGCGAGGGCACCCCUGUUUGAUUAUCUACCGACAACAGGCAAGGAUCAGCCUCAUAAUCAGGGUGAUGCAGGCCUUCAUGAUACAGGUUCCCUGAUAGAUCAACUGACCUCCUCUGGCGAUGGCUCGAAUGAGGUAGACCGACUAUUUCCCUUUGAGGGAUACAAUGUAGAAGAUUUGUGGAACUGGAUGCUGUACUUUGACGGACCACAGUCUGCAUAG